UAAAAUUAGAACACAAUUGACAGAUUGAAUUGUUGACGGUAGCGCCAUCAACGACAUUCAACCAAACCUCGCCAUCGAAUGUGGAAAAACAUCUUCGACGUACGCAUUCUUUCCGGCUGUCACUGCAAAAGAUAAAUAGCGAAGAUGGCUGUACGUUAUCAAAUUGCUGUUGGUCUUACCAAAGGCUUUAAAACCACCAAACUUCGUCGUGUUACCUACAAAGGUGACAAAAAAGUGAAGGGUCUUAAAGGAACAAACGUUAAAAAUAUCCAAACCAAACACACCAAAUUCGUUCGUGAUUUGGUCCGUGAAGUCGUUGGACACGCUCCAUAUGAAAAGAGAUGCAUGGAAUUGUUGAAAAUUUCAAAGGAUAAGCGUGCAUUGAAAUUCUGCAAAGCUCGUUUGGGCACACACAUCCGUGGAAAGAGAAAGCGUGAAGAAUUGUCCAACAUCUUGACACAAAUGCGUAAAGCCGGCCAUGCCAAGUAAACGCCAAACAUGCAUCCAACAUCUGAUUGCGGCAAACAAUUCACAAUUAACAACUGUUUUCAUAUAAUCGACC